ACCAAAAGUACGAAACUUACUGAAGGAAAUUCUGGUUAUCAAGUGACAGCACCAAUCAUGAUAAUACGCAAAGCUUCAGUUAAGGUUGUUGGUUGUUCUGAUUAUGUGAUGGGUGCUGUUUCUUGCAUGCUUCUUUUCUUUCUCUGUUGUCUAAUACCUGAAGCCAGUGCCCAGUAUCUCUUCCUAAACUGCGAUAACAACAACGGGAACUACACAGCUAAUGGCACCUAUAGCACCAAUCUCAACACCCUUUUAUCCACUCUUUCUUCCAACACAGAAAUCAACUAUGGUUUCUACAACUUCUCCCAUGGUCAAAACUCAGACAGAGUCAACGCCAUUGGGCUGUGCAGGGGAGAUGUGGAGCAAAAUCCGUGCCGCAGUUGCCUCAAAGAUGCCGGAGGCAAUAUCACAGAGCUUUGUCCAAACCAGAAACAGGCUGCUAUAUAUUAUGACAACUGCAUGUUGCGCUACUCAAACGACUCAAUAUUUGGGGUCUUGGAUAUUUCUCCCCACUUUUAUAUGUGGAACUCAAAUAAUGCAACAGGAGCGGCUGAGUUCAAUCAAGUGCUUCAAAACUUAUUAAGGGAACUGAGAGAUAAAGCAGCAUCCGGUGACUCCCGUCGUAAGUAUGCUACGAAUAAUGACACAACUACCAAUUUUCAAGCCAUAUAUGGUCUUGUGCAAUGCACCCCUGAUUUGACUCAGACACAGUGCAACGAUUGCUUGGAUGAGGCUAUCUCACGAAUCCCAACUUGCUGCAACGACAAGAGAGGUGGUAGAGUUGUUGGACCCAGCUGCAAUAUUAGAUAUGAAGAUUAUCGCUUCUAUGAACAGACAACGAUAAUAGACCCAGAGACACCACCACCCACAAUUAACACUUCCACGGAAGAAAGUAGCAACACAACAACAAUUGUCAUUGCCGUAGUUGUGCCUACUGUUGCUGUUGUUUUUCUCAUCUGUCUCUUCAUUUGUUUAAGGAGGAGAAAGGCAAGGAAAAAUCUUGAAGUUAAAAAAGAAGAAAGAGAAGAAGAAGAUGAAGAUGAGGAUGAAAUUAAAAUUGCCGAGUCGUUGCAAUUCAACUUUGACACAAUACGAGUUGCUACCGAGGACUUCUCUGAUUCUAAUAAACUUGGACAAGGCGGAUUUGGAGCUGUUUACCGGGGUAAACUCUCCAAUGGACAGAUAAUUGCAGUGAAAAGGUUGUCAAGAGAUUCUGGGCAAGGAGAUGUUGAAUUUAAGAAUGAAGUGGUUUUAGUGGUGAAGCUUCAGCACCGAAAUUUAGUUCGGCUACUCGGUUUCUGCUUGGAAGGAAGAGAAAGACUACUUGUCUAUGAAUUUGUUCCCAAUAAAAGCCUUGAUUAUUUCAUAUUUGAUCCAGCCAUGAAAGCACAAUUGGAUUGGGAAAAGCGCUACAAAAUCAUUAGAGGUAUUGCUCGAGGUCUUCUCUACCUUCACGAAGAUUCUCAACUACGAAUUAUCCAUCGUGAUCUCAAAGCAAGCAACAUUCUCUUAGAUGAAGAGAUGAAUCCUAAGAUAGCAGAUUUUGGCAUGGCAAGACUGGUUUUAUUGGAUCAAACUCAAGCAAACACAAGUAGAAUUGUUGGAACCUAUGGAUAUAUGGCACCAGAAUAUGCAAUGCAUGGACAGUUUUCAGUGAAAUCAGACGUCUUUAGUUUUGGUGUACUGAUUCUUGAGAUUGUAAGCGGCCAGAGAAACAGUGGAAUUAAUAAUGGGGAGAAUAUGGAGGAUUUACUAAGCUUCGCUUGGAGAAACUGGAAGGAGGGGAAGGCAUUGAAUAUUGUAGAUCCAUCACUUAACAACAAUUCACGGAAUGAAAUGCUGAGAUGCAUCCAUAUUGGGUUACUCUGUGUUCAAGAAAAUUUAGUUGACAGACCGACCAUGGCUACCAUUAUCCUGAUGCUUAAUAGCCAUUCUCUGAGUCUCGCUAUUCCAGCCGAACCUGCAUUUUAUAUGAACAGUAGAACUAGAAGCUUUCCAGGGAUGCAGUCAUGGGAGUAUAAUUCAAGGGAAAUGGGAUCAAGUGAACCAAUACUUAAAUCAGCUCAAGAAUCAGAAAAUGAAGCUUCAAUUACUGAGCUAUACCCUCGCUAGAUGUUCAUCAAAGGGGAUUCAUUUAUCAUCUUUGUUUCUUUGCUUAAAACAAAACAGAAUGUCUUCUAGUCUGCAGAAUUGAGUUAAAUACAUCUCACAUCCUUUGCCAAAACUGAGAUUGAAAAUAUCCAAAACUUUUUAACCGAUUCCACAUCACAUCAACUAAUCUCACAAAUAUCCAAAAAUA